AUGAAAGGACCCAUCCGACUCCUGGCCUGUCUGGCCUGCAUCAUCCCAAUGGCCGCGCCACGGAUCAUCAACAUCUCGGUGCUGCCCGGCCCUGCACACGCCUUCCACGCGCUUUGCACGGCCGAGGGGGACCCGCCGCCCACCCUCGUCUGGUCUGGACCGGCCCUGGACAACAGCUCUGUCGCCCUCCCGGGCCCGGCCCACGGCCACCAGGUGACAGCCGAGCUGCCUGCGCUGACCCACGACGGCCGCUACACGUGCACGGCCACCAACAACCUGGGCCACUCAGAGGCCAGCGUCUACCUGUUCCGUUUCCACGCCUCCUCCGGCGCCUCGCCUCUGACCCUGCCGUUCUGCGCUCUUGGCCUCAAGGCGCUGCUGCUGCUGGGCGUCCUCGCCGCCCGUGCGGUCCACCGCCGCGCAGAGCACCCAUCCACCCAGGACACUCGGCCACGGGCACCGGCUCAGGAGUCCAACUAUGAAAAUUUGAACCAGAUGAGUCCUCGGAGCCCACCGGCACCCAUGUGUUCCCCAUGUUCACCAUGAUGAGCCUCCAGAGCCCACCACAGCCACAAGGCCA